AUGGGGAAAAGAGAUGAACUAACUUCUGGCCAACUCCAGAAGGAGGGAACUACGUACUUAAGCAAUUUGCCGAAUUAUAAAAAUGAUGAAAAUGAUGAAAAAAAUUAUGAAAAAAAUUAUGAAAAAAAUGAUGGAAAAAUAUAUAAUUAUAUAAAAAAAAAUGUACCUAGUAGUAUGUUAAAUUGUGUAAAAAAUAAUCAAGACAAUCUUAUUAACUUAUAUAGUGAUAUACAUACAAACGAUAAAAAUAAAAAUUUAAAUUUCGAAACAACAAAAUAUGAUAAUUUGUUUAUUGAUAUGUCUAAUGGUAAUCAUAAUGACAAUCAUAGUAGCAAUAGUAGUGAGGAGUUAGAAUGUGGAAAUAAACACGAUAUGCUUCAUGAUGAUAUUAAAGAAGAGAGUAGAGAUGAUAAAUUAUGUAGUUAUGAAAAAAAAAAUGAACAAAAUUCUGAAAGUGAUUGGGAUUCUUAUUUAAAUGAUGGAAGUAAUAUAGUAACAUCUAGUGAUAUAAUUAGUAGUAUUGAAAGUAAUGUAGAAACAUUAACUAAUAGUUUAGGUGUAUAUAUAGAUGUACUUAAUUAUGAUAAUGAAGACAAUAAUAUCACAGAAAUACAUACUAACUCAAAAGAAAUAAUAAAAGGAAAAAUGUCUAUGUCAUAUGAUUCUGAAAAUAUGUAUGUAAAUAAUAAUAUAAAGGAAUAUGAAUCCAUUUCAAUUAUUAAUAAUAUUGAAAACGGUUUUAAUAUAUAUCCUAAUGAAGAUGAAAAUAAUAAUAAUAAUAGUAGUAGUAGUAAUAAUAAUAAUAGUAGUAGUAAUAAUAAUAAUAAUAGUAGUAGUAAUAAUAAUAAUAAUAAUAAAAUAUUAUAUAAUCUUGCCGGUUUUAAACUUACAGGGACGUCAAUUAUGUUAACUGAUAAAAAUGAAAAAUAUAUUUAUAAGAUAAUUCCUUUUUUUAAAAAUGGAGAAUCAAAAUUUUAUAUGAAUACAGUUCGUUCAUAUAAUAAAGUGUAUGGAAAUUUUCUAAAUGAAAAAACACAAUUUGCUAAUGAUAUAAAUUAUGCUUUUUAUAUUAAUUUAUUAGAAAAAAGUAAUGAAAGAAUGGGAGAAAAUAUAUUUAUGGAUAUUCAAGAUACUAAUGAAAUCCCAACUAUUAAUUCUGAACAAAAUAUAAAUACUAUAAAUUUUUAUGGUGAGUCAAAAAAAAUAAAAAUAAAAAAUGAUACCACUAAAUGUAGAAGUGAUCGUAUUGAGGAGGGCCAUUCAUGUUUGCGCAAACUGGGUGCCCCUUAUCUUAAUGGCGAACAAUGCGAAAGAUGUGAAAAUUGCGAAAGAUGUGAAAAAUGUGAAAGAUGUGAAAAAUGUGAAAGAUGUGAAAAAUGUGAAAAUUUCGAGAGAUGCGACCAAAAUCUGCAUGCCCAUUUCACUACGAAAAAUGAACCUCUCGACAGGUUAAAUGAUGAAAAAAAAAAUAACAAUAUAUUGGCAUUUUUAAUUAAAGAAAAAUUAAUACCCAAAUGUUAUGAUAUAGUUCCUGUUUACCAAUGUAUAGAAGAUAAAGAUGAUGAUUCUGAAAUAAAUAAUAAAACGACAAAAAAACAUUUUUGUAAUAAUUAUGAAAUGAAUAUAGAUCAGGGUUCUGUUUCAAAUGAGUUAUCAAAAAAUGGUGAUGAAAAAAUUAAUUGUGAAAAAAUAAAAACGAAUAUAAUAAAUAAGAAUAACAAUUUUGAAAAUAAUAUAAAAUUAAAAAAUGAAAUAUGUUAUGAAAAAGAAGAAUCUAAUUCACCAAUUUUAAGUAACAGUUCUGAAAAAUGGAAAAUUUUUAUGUAUAAUAAAAAUAUGAAAAAUGAAAAUAAAAUAAUAGAUAAUAAUAAAAUGGAACGAAUGCAUCUUGCAUUAAAACUUAAAAGAAUAUGUAAUCAAAUAAAAUAUGGUGAUCAACAUUUAUUAGAUUUAAAAUUAGGAUAUAACAGUAUAAAAGAUAAUGAUAUAUUUUUUAAUAAAGAACUAUUAAAGGAAAGUGAAUUAAUAGAUUGGAAUGAUAGAGAAAAUUAUAUUAAAAAAUGGUCAAAAAUAAAAAAAAAUAUAAGAAAAAAAUAUAAAAAUAAUAGUGAUAAAUAUAUAAUACAAAUUACAGCAAAAGAUUUAAAUUUACCUGAACAAUUUUAUAAAUAUAAUAAUAAUGAAAUAUAUUGUUUGGUAAAAUCAUGGAAGCAAGAAAUGAGCUCCUUAAAAACAACACAAAAAACUUUGGGCUUUCGUAUAUGUGCAUUUAUUUAUUAUAUUAAAUAUUCUAGCCUUUUAGCAACUGACGAAAUUAACAAUUUAUACAAUAAGGUUUUAAACAAUUAUACUGACAAUGCUGGAAAUAGUGGUGGAAAUAUUGGUGAAAAUUGUGGUGGAAAUAUUGGUGAAAAUUGUGGUGGAAAAAAAAUCGAGAUAAAUGAGUGUUAUGACAAACUAAAUAAUGUUUUAAAAAUAAGUAGAGAAUCUGGAAUGAGGUUAAAUGAUGAAUUUGUUUUAUAUUUUCUUGAAAUUUUUUUAAAAAACAUUGCUAAUAUUAUAUUACCAAAAUUAAUUAAAUUAAAAAUAUGGCUAGAAAACCAAUCUUUAUAUACAUUUUGUUCAACAUCCAUAUUAAUUAUUUACGAUAAAAAUAACCCUUCAUUUUGUGACCUUAGAUGGAUUGAUUUUACAUAUUCUUUUGAUAUUUUUAAUAAUUUAAAAAAUAAUAGACCAAUAAAUAAAAAAUUUAACUUAGACAUUAUUUUUGGUAUAAAUAAUUUAAUAAAAAUAUGCAAAAAUAUAAUUGUUAAUAAAAAUGUUCCAAUUCCCAUUGCUUCAAAUAAUCAGAAAGAAAAAAAAUGUGUGUAUAGGGAUGGGUCUGCAUGUUAA